AUUGAUAAAAUUUCUUCUGAUUAUCGUGGUGACCCAGCUUAUGCGCUAUUGGAAAUUCUCGAUCCGAACCAAAAUAAAAAAUUUAUUGACAAUUACCUCGGGGAAGAAAUACCUUAUAAUCUUACUGAAGUAAUGUUUAUUUGCACUGCUAAUGAUGCGCGGGAAAUACCUUUACCUUUACUAGAUAGAAUGGAAACUAUUCCGCUUUCUUCUUAUACUAAAGACGAGAAACUUUAUAUUGCCAAAGGACAUUUAAUUCCUGAAAGUUUAAAAAAGUAUAAUUUGAAUUCAGAACAAAUAAUUUUCGAGGACCAAGCUAUUUUGGAUAUAAUAGAGUACUAUACUCGCGAAGCUGGCGUGCGAGAAUUGAGUAGACAGAUUCAAUUAAUUGUUCGUAAGUUCAUUGUCCAACUUAUUUGUAAUAAAGUUGAAAAGGUAACUAUUACUUCUAAGAAUUUAUCUGAUUAUUUGAAAAAAAGAAAGUAUGAAUUUACCCAAAAACAAAAAGAUCCCCAAGUUGGAGUAGUAGUUGGGUUAGCGUAUACUGGAUAUGGGGGGGAUAUUUUACCUAUUGAAGUAGUUUAUUAUCCACGUAAGGAGGGAGAAUUAGAAUUGACUGGAAAUCUAGGAGAUAUUAUGAAAGAAUCGGCCCAUAUUGCUCUUAGUUAUAUUAAAGCUAAUCAGAAGAAGUUUGGUAUUGAGCAUGGAAUAUUUUCUCAAAAUGGUAUCCACGUUCAUGUGCCGGAAGGGGCAAUUCCUAAGGAAGGACCAAGUGCUGGUAUUGCCUUGACUUCAGCAAUUAUUUCAGCUCUUACUAGUAAGAGAGUUCCGCAAGAUGUUGGAAUGACCGGUGAAAUUACUUUGCAUGGUCAUGUCGAAGCAAUUGGGGGACUGAAAGAAAAAGCGAUCGCGGCUCAUCGUAGUGGAUUAAAAACUAUCAUAAUUCCUAAAACUAAUGAGAAAGAUAUCGAAGAUAUACCAUUAGAGGUUCGCCGAGAACUUAAAAUUAUAAUGGUGAGGGAAUAUGAAGAGUUUUCUGAGGAAAAAAUAAUUCAAGCAAUUAGCGAAGGAAUAUUAUUUGGUGCUCAUCAAUCGAUAAAUUACAAGGAAAAAGAGGACGAAAAAGAUACACCUCCUAAUAAACUUCAUGCCAAAGAGUUUGCUGAAGAGAUUGAAAGCAAGUUUAAUAAACUAAAAAGUGUUGAAGUGGAGAUUUUGGAUAAGAAACAGAUUGAAAAAAAUAAAAUGGGUUUAUUGUUGGCUGUUAAUGCUGGUAGUCACUAUGAACCUAGGGUGGUAAUUUUGCGUUAUUUUGGCGAUAAGAAAAAUAAAAAAAAUAUUCUCGGGUUAAUUGGAAAAGGUAUUACUUUUGAUAGCGGGGGUUAUAAUUUAAAACCUUCCCCGGCUUUAGAAACCAUGAAAUUUGAUAUGUCGGGAGCGGCUGUAGUCUGUGCUUCUUUUUUAGGUUUAAUUCACCAAAAGCCCGCAAUAAAUGUGGUAGCAAUCGCUUGCUUAACGGAAAAUACCAUCGGCGGGCACGCUACCCUUACUGAGUCGGUAAUAACCUCGAUGAGCGGUAAGACUGUGGAAAUUAACAAUACAGAUGCCGAAGGCCGUUUGGUUCUAACUGACGGAAUUACUUAUGCGAUUAAAAAAGAAAAAGUAACUAAAGUAAUUACCGUGGCAACUUUAACAGGAGCUUGUGUGCUAGCGUUGGGUGAAAAAACUACCGGAAUUAUGACUAAUAAUCAAAACACCAAGGCUUUAAAAGAAAACACUACCAUUGCUGAUAUUAGUAAUAUUGCCGGUAAUAGACACAUGGGAGCUUCCAGUGGAGCAGCUUUUUUACAGGAAUUCGUUACUGGUCUACCCUUCAUCCACUGUGACAUCGCCGGAACUGCUGUAAAAGCCAAACUUAAACGAGGGACGGGGGUCAUGGUUAAAACUUUAAUCGAAUUAUUUAAUAAUAAAUAG